AGACGGUUGUCUGACAUAAUAUUCUCAAUGGAACCAAUGGAACAUGGAAGUAACAAAAUGUGCAUCAGGCACACUGACUUUUCAGUAGAAAAGGAUGACAACAUACACAUGUCAAUUCAAAGCAGGUCCUGAUUUGAUUCCAAAACAAAACAAGUUAAAAAAAAGCACUUCAUUGGUUUUAUUACAUUUAACAAACCUUAGAAACAUAUUGCAUGCAGCCUCUUAUUUCGUCCCUGCACACAACUUACAUGUUUAUUCCCCAUGAAGGCCUAUAGUACAUAACCUGCCUAGUGUACGGCAACUCUUAUUCAGUUACUAAUUUAAGCACUCCACAUAUGCCUUUGGAGUUUUUACACCAGUUCACAAGAAUCUUUUCAUGGCAUCAGGCCCGGCAACUGUGUAACAUUGCUUUUGGAACACAUUUGCAGGCGUGUACUGUACCAGCAAUGUGGCCACAAACCAAAAUUAAAGACAGAUGGCUUGUAAUGAGAACCAGGAACACUAGUAACUAGGAACCUUGGCAUUAAACUAGAGCUGCUGUAAAAGCUUGAUCUUGCAUGUAGACUGUUACUUAUCAGUGUAAGUGUUCUCUACCUUUCCUGUCUGUUAGGGCCUUUCCUUUUCUCAAUGCCCACUGGCCUCUGUUUGUCACUUGUUUGUCUCUUGGUUCCUCACUGUGAGCUGGUAUUAAUGAUAACAAGCUAUUAAUGUGUAGGCUAUCAUCUGCUACUUUGUCUUUAUUAAACACACUUUACUGUUCUCUAGCACACAAAACAGUACAGCAACAAUAUGGGAAAAAUAAACUUUUCUUAUGAAUGAUUACUGAAGAAAAAGUGAAGAAAACUCAACUUGAUAUAUGCCAGGUGGAAAUGGAUACUUACACUAACUCAUGCAUAUGUAAGUAAGGGCAAUCUCUGCAUCAGUAUUUAAGAUAAGGGGAGGAGAGGGGAAAAUAAAUAAAUUGCACAAAUUAUAAUAAAAUUUAAUGAAUCUGAAAUGAAAUCCAAAAGGCUAUCUUUUGCCUAUUGUAUGGUAGGCGUUAGUGCCAAAGUCAUGCUGCUGUGUUUUUUAAUAAUAGCCUCUGUAUCAUGAGUGAAUGUGCAUAUGAGCUGAAUGGUGGCAGUUGUUGCAGUGCUCAGUGGGUCAAAGCUAGGUUCUGGCGGUUAAGACCCCGUGAUCUGAUAUUUAUAGUGGGAGAGAUAUAAAUAGCUGCAGUAUGUGUGGGUACUGAGGAGCCUACUGGCUCUACUGCUGUAAAAGCCACCGAAGGCGCACAGCCAUUUGACUGAAGAGCAACCCCUUGUGCAUUGACUCUUUCUGGACUAACAAAUGAACACAGAGACAGAAGAUGGCUUUUAUCAAUCGGAGGACGACUUGGAUGAAGAUGAGGCAAUGCAAUAUAUAAUUGAACAAAGUCUGAUUCAAUAUAGAAAGCUCAAAGGAUUGAAUCCAAGUGAUCUGAAAUCCAGUGACGACCCUGAUGAAAUUUUCAAAGCAAUCAAGGAGGGUGAUGAAGAUGCAUUGAACAGAAUGGCAGUGCAACCAGAGACUCUGUCCAGAGUUGAUGAACGAGGAUGGAUCCCACUGCAUGAGGCUGCAGUGCAAGAGAAUAAAAGGAUACUAGAGACUAUCUUCUCAGCAUCACCCCCAGGUGCAGCCCAGUGCCGUACUCUAAAGGGUGAGACGCCGCUGUUUCUGGCCGUGGUUCAUGGACUCAGACAGAAUGCUACAUUCCUGUUACAGAACGGCUGUAGCCCGGAUCUCCAGAAUGACGAGCAGGAUUCUCCAUUAGUGGCAGCUAUUCUGAAUGACCAGUAUGACUUGGCCACACUAUUGCUUCGCUACAAUGCCAAAGUUGACCAACCAGGACCACUCAACAGGACAGCUCUACAUGAGUCCGCCUUUUUAGGCCUGGAGAACUUUGUCUAUCUUCUCCUAGAGUCUGGUGCCAACCCAGAUGCAUGUGACAUCAAAAAGAAAACUCCACUGGCUCUGGCUGCACAUAAUGGGCAUCUAAAUGUGGUGGAGGUCCUGUUACAGAAAGGAGCCCAUGUGUGGUGUGAAUCGGAGUCAGGCACUAUCUUGUUUGAUGCAGCAGCAUCAGGAAACCCUGACAUAAUCUCCUUGCUGCUGGACCACGGAGCAGAUCCCAACCAACCUCUUUACAGUGGGCACCUGCCAAUUCACCGUGUGGCCUACCAUGGACACAUACUGGCACUGGAGCACCUCAUCCCAGUGACUAAGCUGGACGCUGUAAGAGAAAGCGGGAUGAGUCCUCUCCAUUCUGCAGCUGCUGGAGGACAUGCCAAUUGUGUGGAGAUGCUGCUCAAAGCUGGCUAUGAUCCAAACUUCAUGCUGCACCCAAGGGUGCGCCGCAACUAUGAUGAUGAGCGCAGGUCUGCUCUCUUUUUUGCGGUGUCCAACAAUGAUCUUCAGUGCACCCGCUUGCUGUUAGAGGCUGGAGCAAUGGUGAACCAGGAUCCUAUCAACUGUUUGCAGGUGGCUCUUCGACAGGGCAACUAUGAACUGAUCAACACAUUGCUGAAGUCUGGGGCAAAUGUAAACUACUACUCCCGUGUCAACACAACUCACUUCCCGUCAGCACUACAAUACGCCUUGAAAGACGAGGUCAUGCUGAGAAUGAUUCUUAACCAUGGAUAUGAUGUUAAGCGUUGCUUUGACUGUCCCUAUGGUGACAGUUCCCAUGACUAUGCUCCUUGGACGACCUCAGUCAUCAAAGACAUGGUGUUCUGUGAGGUGAUAACAGUGUCAUGGCUUCAGCACUUGUCUGCUCAGGUGGUGCGCAUCAUGCUCGACUACACUGAUCAUGUCUCCUUCUGCACCAAACUUAAGGAAACCUUGAAUGAGCAGAAACAGUGGCUGGAGAUCUGUCACAUUCAAAGAAAUGCACGGAGCCUGAAGCACCUAUGUCGGUUGCGGAUAAGGGAGCAUCUCAGUCGCCUGCGCUUGAGAGCCCCAGUUUUCAUCAACUUCCUUCCUCUUCCUCCCAGACUGAAAGAUUACCUACGCUACAAGGAGUUUGAUGUCUACAGCAGGGGCAGCAUGGUUAACCCACAGUGAAAACACAUUUACAGUUGUCACAGAUACCACUUUGAUAGAAGGACAAAGACAAUCAGUAUCCAUUAUCUGUUUGCCUUGAUAUUGUGUGUUUUGGAAAUUGUGUAGUUUUCCAAGUACAUAUUUUAUGUACUUUAUUAUUUGUACAAAACUCUAUGAACUUUUGAGUUAUUUCUUUUAAUAGCUACAAUGACAUGUUAAUGCCUCAUGUAAAUAUUUACAUUUUGUUAUAGUGACUCCUCUGGUUAAACUGGUCCUAAAGAAAGAUUUGGAAAAAACUGCAAAUGAUGCAUUAUUAUUAUUAUUAUUAUUAUUAUUAUUAUUAUUAUUAUUAUUUCACACUCAGAGUCUUAUUGUAAUUCGAGUACUCAAUUGUAUAAUGUGACUACAGAAAAUUGCAAUAAAAUCAUAAGGAGAGAUGGCAUGAAAGCAUAAAACCAGUAUGCAAUAAAAACUAUUACAUCUAAAAUUG